AUUUAGUUAUAAUAAAAUUGUAUAGGGGUAACAACAUAGGACAUAGAAAUCAAAAAAAAUCAGUUAUUAAUUUUCAUGUUUCAAUGAGCAGUGCUUUUAAAUUUUCAUAUUGAAAUGGAAUCAAUAAAUGAUGAUAGUGCCACCCAUGGUCAGGUCAAUCAGGGCUAUCAAACCAGUUAUGACGAUAAUGACAAUGAGAAAACGUUACCAAAAUCCAUUACGGCAAAUGCAUCAACUAAACUGGAAUUACAGGACUCAAAAAAUGAUGAGAAAGAACGACCAGAAUGGGGAAACGGACUUGAAUUUUUAAUGUCAUGUAUUGCAAUGUCUGUUGGAUUAGGAAAUAUAUGGCGUUUUCCGUUUACAGCAUUUGAAAAUGGAGGUGGAGCUUUUUUGAUACCAUAUAUAAUUGUAUUGAUUUUAAUUGGCCGUCCAAUGUAUUAUAUGGAAAUGCUUUUGGGGCAAUUUUCAUCACGUGGUCCAAGUAAAAUGUAUGAUGAGCUAUCACCUGGAUUUGUUGGUGUGGGUUUUGGACAGAUGUUGGGUACAAUAUGCGUAGCAACAUAUUAUUGUAGUUUGAUGGCUUUAACAUUUUAUUACAUGGUAGCUUCCUUUACCACUGAAUUACCAUGGGCAAAAUGUUUACCCGAAUGGGGUGAUAUUUGCUAUGAUUCAGCACCAGGUGGUAACUAUACGAAUGCAACGAAUCGAAGAAGUUCCUCUGAAUUAUAUUUUUAUAAAACAGUUUUAAAAGAAGCACCAAAUAUUGAUGAUGGAAUUGGAAUGCCUGAUUUACGUUUAACAAUAUGUUUAUUAAUAUCAUGGAUAUGUAUAUUUGUGGUUGCAAUACGUGGCGUAAAAAGUUCUGGUAAAGCAUCAUAUUUUCUUGCAUUAUUUCCAUAUGUGAUAAUGUUUGCACUUUUUAUCAGAGCUGUUACACUUCCUGGCGCUGGUGAUGGUAUAAUUUUCUUUAUUAAACCACAAUGGGAAAAAUUAUUAGAACCACAAGUAUGGUAUGCAGCAGUUACACAAGCGUUCUUCUCUCUAAAUGUUGGAUUUGGUACAAUUAUAAUGUAUUCAUCGUACAACAAUUUUGCACAAAAUGUAAAACGGGACGCAAUGAUCGUGACUACAUUGGAUACAUUAACAAGUUUAUUAGCAGGAUCAACCAUAUUUGGUAUACUAGGCAAUUUAGCUUACGUAUCCCAAGAAGACAUCACAAAUGUAGUUAAAGGUGGGACCGGUUUAGCAUUUGUAUCAUACCCAGAUGCUAUUGCAAAAUUCGAUUGGGCACCGCAGUUUUUCUCUGUUUUAUUUUUCUUUAUGUUAUUCGUUCUGGCAGUUGGAAGUUUAGUUGCGCUUAUAAAUAAUUUAUCAACAUGCCUUAAGGAUGAAUUUACAAAUUUAAAAAGUUGGCACAUUUCAUUGGGAUUAUCAGUUAUUGGUUUUAUUGUGGGAUUAAUAUAUGUAACACCUGGUGGACAAUUUAUGUUAACGUUGAUCGAUUAUUUUGGCGGAACAUUCAUUAUACUCGUGGUAGCAAUUUUCGAAAUGGCCUGUAUAAUGUGGGUUUAUGGUUUAAACAAUUUUUGUAUCGACGUCGAAUUUAUGUUAAAUAUAAAAGUUGGGGCUUAUUGGAGAGUGUGUUGGGGAUUCGUAUCACCUUUAUUACUAAUUGUGAUUACUAUAUACACAUUUGUUACAAUUGAACCAUUAAAAUAUAAUGGGGUUGGAUAUCCCACAUCAUUUUUGGCGAUUGGAUGGUUGAUUUUAUUCGUAGGAUGCAUACAAUUACCCAUUUGGGCAUGUUGGGCCAUAUGGAAAAAUUCAAAGAAUCCUAAAAGCAUGACAAUUUGUGCAGCUUUUAAACCGAAUGAAAGUUGGGGCCCAAAAAAUCAAAAUUCGAAAAUGGACUGGAUCGAUUACAAAAUGAAAGUGAAAGAAGAAAUGCAAUAUGAAAAGCCAAGUUUAUUUACAUUCCUUAAAAAUACGCUUUGUGGGAGUGAAUAAAUAGAAAAUUGAAUUUUAUACACUCAAUAAAUGUGUCAAAUUAUAUUUUUAAUUUACGAUAUGGUUACCCGUCCACACAUUCUGUUUACAUUUUACAUUUUUUUGUCUGCAUUUUUGCAGAUACCUGAUAUGUACAUAAAAAUUUUAUAUUCCAUACGAAAGUUUAGUGAAUUUCAGAGUUUUUUUAUCUAUCAAGUAGAACGUGGUUACGUUGGUUCGAAAUUUCUCGAUGACUAACAAAUUAAUUGUGGCUCUAAAAGUAUUCGCUCCGUUCAUUAGUUUUAUUUCAGGGAGUUACGAACGAGUGUACUAACGAUACACUACUUUAUGAAUAUAAUUGCAUGGAUGGACAUAUAAGCUUAUAGAUUUUAUAUAGUUUACAUUGAAAAUUUAAUACUACUUUCUAACUUUAAAUAAGCAAUUAUAUUAAUUUACAUUUCCAAAAUAUGAUUUAUGCUAUUUCGUCUCUUAUUUCCACAAUUUAUGCAACAAUUAUUAAUUAAUCGUUAUUUUUCAAGAAAAAAAUAGUCAGAACAGCUUCCAUUAAUGCCAAAAUUAUCCAUUGGUAGCGCCAGUAUCGAUCUGAUUCUCCCUACUAUGACUACGCACAGAGUCAAUAUCCACACUACGAUUUUUAGUUAGCAAUAAUUAAAGAUGUCAAAAUAUUUUUAGUAACACUAUUUCGUUUUUCAUAUAAGACAAUAUACUGUGUCACAAGUUUAUCGUAGCAAUUAACUGACAUUUUCGUUAACUUUGGUUAUAUUAAUCGCGUUUACAAAUCGGUCAUGUUUAACACAACAUUGCUAAAUACUCCAGCGUUCAAAAAAGGGUUAAAGUAUAAAUACGCAGACGUACUUAUAUAAUAUAGAUAAAAAUCUGAUAAAUUUUACUAAGCAUUAAAAUGCGUGUGUGUGUGUGUAUGGUU